AUGGCGGCGUGUUCUUCAACUUCGUGCCAGAAAUCUUCCAAAAAGCGACUCCCAAAUAGCAUAUCUGAUUUACUAGAUGUCGCUAUAUUUACCUUUGCCUGCCAGACAGGACUAAGAAGUUACCACAAGAUUCGUGGGAAUCCAGUCCUGGAAGGCGUAUGUGCCUUCUUUGGUCAACUCUUACAAACGGCAAACGAAGAGACGAAGCAAGAGUUGCAAGAAAUCUCCGCCGAGAGAUUAGGCGAAUGGCAACCUGGCAAUGAGCCGACGCCCCAGCUUUUAACCUUUGUAUCCUCGCGGAUGAAAGCGUUAAAGGAGAAGCAAGUUAUCAAAGAAAACACCAACCCUGAGGUACCGGCGCUACUUGUCGAAAAGAAGGAGAAGUUUGACGAGGAACAGGACAGAGUGCGGACCAGAACGUUGCCCAGGUGCUGGCGUUGUCAAAGUCGAUGCCAAUUUUGUUUGAAGCGGAAACGUCAAUUCCCAACAUUCGGAAACUUCAGAGCCGAGUAAGUUGCAUACACAUUUGCAUCAGUGCAUGUCCAAAAAAAGUGCUUGCACAUGCAGGGACAGUGGCGAGGGUGGGGUGGGUGAGGAUUCACGCACUGAUCAUGCAGACACACUUUCAGCGACCAUUUGAGUUUUGAGGGCCCCGGAUUAUAAUUAAUAGGUGAUUUUCAGGGCCCAAAAAAUAACUUAAUUUGCAAGGAUUUUUCGGAGAUUUCAUAAAAAUACUAUUUUUUACUUUUAAUGUUUUUGGCUGGUAUUUUGCCUUGGAUUUGUCUGCUAAUUCUCAAUUAAUAAUUGGCUUGCUGCACUGUAAGAAUUUUAAACAAAUCAGUGGCUGGUCAAAGAUUUGUUCUGCCUUAGGUUACUUUGAAUGAUUUACCCGAGUGUUUCAUGGGAAUCUUUUUGAGAUUCUAUGUGGCCAGAUUGUAGGUAAAAUAUAGAGUAACAAAUGGCAAAAUCUCUUUUUUUUUUCUCAAGUACGUCAACCCAUAUAGUCUCAUUCACAGCCAUUAUUAGGUUCGUCAUGCAACGCUCCUCCUCACUAGGCCUUUACUGGGGAAUUUUUUAUAAUAUUUUUUCAGGCUUUCUUUUUGCAAGUCCAGGAAAAAAGACAAAACCAAAAAUGGGGUGGUGAGAUGCCACACAAUAGAUAUUAAAUACAGUAUUUUUGUUAUUGUAUCAUUGUUUCAGUCAUGAAUCUGGCCAGAAUUGGUUGACUAGCACUGUUAUUUAAUUAGUAAUUAAGCAAAAUGGGCCACAUGACACUUUUCAUCUGUUGGAACGGAGAGGAUUUUUAAAAAUCCUCCCCGUUCCAGCCACGGAAAAAUUUUGUGUGGUACAAUGAACAAUUUACACAUGAUUCAGGGUAUUAUUGUAAUUAACCAUUCCUGAAUACCUUUAUUUGAAUUUUCUUUUCGAAUAUCAUUAUGACGUCACGUUUUACAUGACCACAUCAGUUCAGUUCUAAUCGAUUCAAUGCCUCAAAAAGAAAAAAAAUCCCGAACAUUUUUUCAACUUUUAGAAUUAACCCUUUAAGCCCCAAGAUCCAAAUACAAAUUCUCCAGUCUGAUCUCCAUACAUUUCUUUUAAGAAUAGUUGAGAGAAUUUGGUUUAAGAUCAAAGCAUUCUUCCUUUGGUAAUCAAUUUAGUAAUUCUUAUAACCUUUACUCCUGAUGAUCUGCUGAUAUAGAUAGGAGAAAAUAAUUAUUGAUGUUGCACACUCUUGGGACCUAAAGGGUUAAAAUGCAUGGCUGUAGAAGAAAAACAGCUUCUUCUUCACAGGGGAUCAAGACCAAAAAUUAAACCAAUGCCUUAAUUAACAUGCUUGACUAACUUUUUGCAAAGUACAGGUAGUCAUGCAGUCUUGCUCUUCCAUCUGUGAACUUUCAGUCAAUUUAAGUCAAACUUUGUUUUGUUCUUUGAACGAGAUUUAAAGGGGUAGUCCCUGCUUUUACAGAGUCUAGUUGGAUCCGUCAUGUCAGUGAAUUAAAAUAAUAUGAACUGAGUCAGGUUGUAAUGGUUAAACGGAAAUUAUGUUGAAGAAUCUAGCAAAGUUUUAUAAUGAUGAUCCAUCAUAAAAUUACUCCUGCAGCAUGGCAUCACCGUUCAUGGAUGUCUUGGAAAAGAUGUUGGAUGAGAAUGAAGAUGAUCAUGAUAAUUUAUUAAGUGAUGAUGAACAAAGCAUGGAUGAGGACCAAUCAGGUGAUGCAGGGGAAUGUACUGAUGGCAGUGAUCAAGACUACAGGAACCUGAUCGUGCAAUCAGACAUUGAUUUUCCAGAUGAUGAUGAUCAGUCUGAUCAAGAUGGAAGUCAUGAUGAGAAUCCAGCCAGUGAAAGUGAGGACCUGUUCUCUGGGUCUGAUGAAGACUGAGUUUGUUUUGAACUGCACUAUGUUUUUAAACCAUAUUCCAUGAGAAUUUAUAAACGGAAAUUCUUCGUAUAUUUUAAUCUGCAAUAACUCUCAUUUCAAGUAAAGUGUGUAAAAUCCCCUUGAUUAUCUAUUUCUGUUUCAUGU